GCCGCCGCUAGUAUGUAGCUUUAGAAAUUAGUAACCAUAUUACUUGUUCAGUGAUCUGUGUUAGUAACGAAAUAAACGUUAUCAAGAUUAGACGUGCGUUUUACUUAAUCAAGUUUACCAAGCAAAAGUGAACCUUAUUGCCUCAACAUAUGGUCCAUCGCCGGAUAGAAUCAAUGAGCGUUAAUGCUAAUUACAUCGACGAACCGGUUUCUACGGAAGGAUUCUAUUGAGUGACAAGUUACAGAUUAUUGUUAUUUACUUUACACGUUUAUUCGUUACUCGUACAAUAUUGAUAAAAGACUAAACAUGAGUGGUGUCGAGCAGUUACUGGCCUUAUUGGAGGAUACGGCUUUAUUGUUACAAAAGGCGCAAACUAAUUUAAAAAAGUGUCCAAAACAACGACUGACGAAGGGGUACGUGGAAGCCCGCUUACAAAGUAUUGAGGAGUAUUGGAACACUUUUAAAGAGGCUCACAAUAGUUUGGUGAGAACAGUGCCUAAAGAAAAGAAAUCUGAAAUAUCGUAUUUUGUGAACGAAGAUUUUUUUGUAUUUGAAGAUCUUUAUUUAUGCAUCAAGGCCGAUCUAAAAGAUCUUUUAAUAAACGCUAAUAAGAGUCCUGCCUAUGGAACAAGUUUGGAAGUAGCAAAUAACGCGAACGAGCAGUUAAAGCUGCCUAAAAUCUUGCUACCGACGUUUUCGGGCUCAUAUGAAGAUUGGCCCUCGUAUAGAGACAUGUUUCAGUCAUUGGUGCAUAAUAACUCCGCGCUUGGGGAUGUACAAAAAUUAUAUUACUUAAAGAGUAGCUUAACUGGUGAAGCUGAAAAUAUAUUAAAACAUGUUCAGAUAACACAGGCGAAUUAUGAGCAAUCCUGGAAUUUAUUAAAUAAACGAUUUGGAAAUAAAAAAAUGAUGGUUAAUUCAAUAUUAAAAAGAUUAUUUAAUCAAAAGAAAAUGAGCUCACAAAAUUAUAAAUUAAUAAAGAACUUACUGGACACUACCACAGAGUGCCUUAAUAGUUUAAAAAACAUAAACAUAAUCACAGACUCUUGGGAUCCUUUAAUUAUAUUUCUGGUUGUACAGAAAUUGGACCCAGAGUCACAUAAGGAUUGGGAAGAGUAUGUCCAGAAUGAUACCGACAAAUUACCAAGUUGGGAACAAUUACAACAGUUUUUACAAUUAAAAUUUCGUACUUUGGAGUUAUUAUCGCCAUCGACAUCUAAAGAAAGGUCAUUCCAUAUAGCGACGCCCGCAGUGCAAUUUAAACCCUGUCCAAAAUGUCAACUAGAACAUGCUUUAUGCCACUGUAAAGAAUUUAUAUCACUUACACCACAACAAAAGAAUGAGUUUGUUCGUUCCAAUAAUAUUUGCUUUAAUUGUUUAUGCAGUGGGCAUAUGGUGAGCAAAUGUCGUUUGCGGGUUUCUUGUAAGGUAUGUCAACGGCGUCAUCAUUCUUUGUUGCAUCAGUCAAUGGCCAUGGUCAAACCCAGCAACAUAGAAUCGCACUUUAAUCAGGUGGAGGAUGAGAUAGACGAAGAACAGCAGGAGCAACACUUGGAGGAACAGAUGGCGCCGGCAGAAUAACUGUACUCCGCACGCUAAUAGACCAAGGCUCACAAGCGAACUUUAUAAGCGAACGAGCUGCUCAACUGCUUAAAGUUAAACGUAAACCAUUGGCUAUAGAUGUAAGUAUUACGGGAAUAGGAUCUACACAAACUAAGGUAAAACACACUGUGGGAUUAGAGCUUUUAUCAAGAUAUGACGACAAGUUCAAACUGUUCAUUGAUGCAUAUGUCAUUUCUACUACUCGUUUAACAAAUGUAUUACCAUCCAAACAU